CAAUCCGCGCGGGGCCGGCCCCUGUGACUGGCGGCGCCGGGGAGGGGGGCGAGCCUGGAUCGCUCGCUCUGCCUUCCCCGGAGAGUUUCCUCGCGGGGGCGGUCGGGACUGCUUCUCCCCUGGGCUCUGCUGGUGUUUUCCCGCUGUUGCCGAGCAUUGGGCCGGGGAAGGCGGCGGCGGCGGCGGCGGCGGCGGCGGCGGCAGCGGCAGCAGCAGCAGCAGCAGCAGCAGCAGCAGCAGCAGAAGCAGAGAGCGAGGAAAGCAGCCACAUGAAUCAGUUUCUCUCUGUAUCCGGCUCCGGGCAGAGGCGGCGACCAUAGCGGGGAGGAGGGGAGAGGGGGAAAAGCGGCUACUGCAGCGGCGGCAGCCGGGGGCUCCCCUCGCCGCCGAGGUGCUGCGGGACUGGUGCUCGCCGAGCCGCCACCGACACAUUUCGUCCGUCCCCCCUCCCCUCCUGGAGCUACGCGGCCUCGGCUGCCAAAUGCGCGGAGGGGAGAGACUUUGGCUCAAAAUCCCCCGAUCGUAAAUAGAGAGAAAGCGGAAGGAGAGCCACCGCCGAGCGGCCGCGGGAGGAGGGGAGGGGGGCAGCGGCGGUGCUUCUGCCGUAGCCAGGGAGGCUGAUGGCGGAGUUUGGCAGCGGUGGCGGCACCGGCGGCGGGGGGCUGCCCUCCUCCCCGGGGCCGCUUCAAGGGAAGGUGGCCUUCAAGGCAGGAGAUGGGGAAGGAGGAGGAGGCGGCGGCGGCGGCGGUGGGAGAUCCCGCUUUGACAGUGCGGGCAGCCGGGUCUCCAACGGGGACUGUGCACAGCCGGGAGCCGGCGAGGAGCCGGGAUCAGCUCCUCCUGCAAGCCCGGAGAGCAGCAGCAAAGAGAAAGGAUUUUCCACCAGUCAACAACGAGAAGGCAAACCCGGCAUCCCCCGGAGGAGCAGCAUAAUUAAGGAUGGUACGAAACAAAAGCGAGAACGGAAGAAGACCGUGUCCUUUAGCAGCAUGCCGACGGAGAAGAAGAUCAGCAGUGCAAGCGACUGUAUUAAUGCGAUGGUUGAAGGCUCUGAGCUCAGAAAGAUUCGAUCCAACUCCAGGGUGUAUCACCGGUACUUUCUUUUGGAUGCGGAUAUGCAGUCUCUGCGCUGGGAACCUUCAAAAAAGGAUUCUGAAAAAGCAAAGAUUGAUAUUAAAUCAAUCAAAGAAGUAAGAACAGGAAAAAAUACAGAUAUUUUUCGCAGCAAUGGAAUAUAUGACCAGAUAUCAGAAGACUGUGCAUUUUCAAUUAUAUAUGGAGAAAACUAUGAGUCACUAGAUCUUGUUGCUAACUCAGCGGAUGUUGCAAAUAUUUGGGUUACUGGCUUAAGGUACCUGAUUUCCUAUGGAAAACAUACUCUAGAUAUGAUAGGAAGUACUCAAGAUAAUAUGCGGACUUCAUGGCUUUCACAAAUGUUCAGUGAAUCAGAUGUAGAUAAUUUGGGACAUAUACCCCUAUGUAAUGCUGUACAGUUUAUAAAAGACUUAAAUCCUGGUUUAAAAACUAACAAAAUUGAACUAAAAUUCAAGGAGUUACAUAGAUCCAGGGAAAAAACUGGUACUGAAGUAACAAAAGAAGAGUUUAUUGAAGUUUUUCAUGAGCUUUGUACCAGACCUGAAAUCUAUUUUCUGUUAGUUCAGUUUUCAAGCAAUAAAGAAUUUCUAGAUACCAAGGAUCUCAUGAUGUUCUUAGAAGCAGAACAGGGUAUGGCACAGGUCACAGAAGAAAUAAGCCUUGAAAUUAUUCAGAAAUACGAGCCAGCCAAAGAGGGCCAGGAAAAGGGUUGUCUUUCUAUAGAUGGGUUUACGAAUUACCUUACUUCACCAGACUGCCACAUAUUUGAUCCAGAGCAUAAAAAAGUUUGUCAAGAUAUGAAACAACCCUUGUCUCAUUAUUUUAUAAAUUCAUCUCAUAAUACAUACUUGAUCGAGGAUCAGUUUCGAGGGCCUUCUGACAUCACGGGUUACAUUCGUGCUCUAAAAAUGGGUUGUCGAAGCGUUGAACUGGAUGUAUGGGAUGGUCCGGAUAAUGAGCCAGUGAUUUACACAGGGCAUACAAUGACAUCACAGAUUGUCUUCCGUAGUGUGAUUGACAUUAUUAACAAGUAUGCAUUUUUUGCUUCGGAAUACCCUCUUAUUUUGUGUUUAGAAAAUCAUUGUUCUAUUAAGCAGCAGAAAGUGAUGGUACAACACAUGAAGAAAAUUUUGGGGGACAAACUGCAUACGCAGUCUCCAAACAUUGAAGAGUCUUAUCUUCCAUCGCCGGAAUCACUUAAAGGGAAAAUUCUGAUCAAAGCAAAGAAGCUUUCUGCUAGUUGUUCUGGACUAGAGGGAGAUGUUACAGAUGAAGAUGAAGGAGCAGAAAUGUCACAGAGAGUGGCGAAAGAGGGGGUAGAACAGCAAAACUCAAUGACUGGGAAACGAUUUCAGCUCUGCAAAGAUCUCUCUGAGUUGGUAAGCAUAUGUAAAUCGGUUCAGUUCAAAGAGUUUCAAGUUUCAUUUCAGCUCCAGAAGUACUGGGAAGUGUGCUCUUUUAAUGAAGUGCUUGCUAGCAAAUAUGCCAAUGAAAACCCAGGAGACUUUGUAAAUUAUAACAAGCGUUUUCUUGCGAGGGUUUUCCCCAGUCCUAUGAGGAUUGACUCUAGUAAUAUGAAUCCCCAGGACUUUUGGAAAUGUGGUUGUCAGAUAGUAGCAAUGAACUUUCAAACACCUGGCUUAAUGAUGGACCUUAACAUUGGUUGGUUUCGACAAAAUGGAAACUGUGGCUAUGUCCUUCGUCCUGCUAUCAUGAGAGAAGAAGUAUCCUUCUUUAGCGCAAAUACAAAAGACACCGUGCCUGGAGUUUCACCUCAGCUGCUUCAUAUUAAAAUCAUAAGUGGGCAAAACUUCCCUAAACCCAAAGGAUCAGGUGCCAAAGGUGAUGUUGUGGAUCCUUAUGUCUAUGUUGAAAUACAUGGAAUCCCUGCUGACUGUGCAGAGCAAAGGACGAAAACUAUGCAUCAGAACGGGGAUAAUCCAAUUUUUGAUGAAAGCUUUGAAUUUCAAAUAAAUUUGCCAGAACUAGCUAUGGUGCGUUUUGUAGUACUGGAUGAUGAUUACAUUGGGGACGAGUUUAUUGGGCAAUACACUAUUCCCUUUGAGUGUCUACAGACUGGUUAUCGGCACGUUCCUCUGCAGUCUUUAACUGGUGAAAUUUUAGCACAUGCUUCCUUGUUUGUGCACGUGGCCAUUACUAAUAGAAGGGGUGGUGGGAAACCUCAUAAGCGGGGCCUCUCUGUGAGGAAGGGCAAGAAAUCAAGGGAAUAUGCUUCUAUGAGAACAUUAUGGAUUAAAACAAUAGAUGAAGUGUUCAAGAAUGCUCUCCAACCUAUUCGGGAAGCUACGGAUUUGAGAGAAAAUAUGCAGAAUGCAGUAGUUUCAUUCAAAGAAUUAUGUGGCCUCUCCCCUGUAGCAAAUCUUAUGCAGUGCAUUUUGGCAGUGUCUAUGCACUUGGUUGGGCCUGAUAAUACACCCUUGGUAGUACUGAAUCUCAGUGAUCAGUAUCCGACCAUGGAGCUCCAAGGGAUUGUUCCAGAGGUCUUGAAAAAGAUUGUAACAGCAUACGAAAUGAUGAUUCACACCAUCAGAACUCUAGUUGAAAAUACAGAUAGCUUAUAUGAGAGGAUAGUACAGUGUCAGAAAGCGGCAAUGGAAUUUCAUGAAAACCUACACAAUAUAGGAGCAAGAGAAGGCUUAAAAGAAAGAAAACUGCAAAAAUCAGUUGAAAGUUUUACGUGGAACAUUACAAUUUUAAAGGGACAAGCUGAUCUUCUCAAAUAUGCUAAAAAUGAAGCACUGGAGAAUCUGAAACAGAUCCAUUAUGCCACUCUUUCGUGUGGACUCAAUAAGCGAGGCACUGAAAAUGCAGAAAUCUCAAAGCCUCGUCGAAGUCUGGAGGUCAUACCUGAAAAAGCAGGUGAUGAAAAUGGAGAAUGAGAGAAGGCUCUUCUCGUAAUUUUGGAGUUUAUAACUCUGUGACCAAUUGUAGCUGCAUAGGACAUUUGCUUUGCACUUACUGUUGGAAAAUAUUUGGGAUUUUUAAAGCACAACUGGAGAAGCUAAUUACAAUCUGUUGAAACUGUGAAUGUAUGUAGCAACUCUGCUUGUGAAGGCAAUGACAUUGUGUAACAUGGAAAUUACAUUAUUGGCCUAAAUAUAACAAAUAUAUGUAAAAGAUACUGUAAUUCAGUAAUUGUGUGCUGAAAAGUUCAUUGUAGUGCCAUUGGGAAAUGAACAUUUUUAAAAUGAGAUGUAAUUAGCAGGAAAUCAGUUGACAGAAUAUGACAAGACAACUUGAUUUUCAAACUAAUUCGAUGCACAGGUAGUUUCUUUCUUUGCGCAAUUUGUUAAUUGUGCUAGUCAGAUGUACUAUUCUUUUGAAAAUCAGGUCCAAAAAAGUGGAAUCCACGUUUCACACUGUAUGUGAUUCAGCUGCUCAGAUAUUUGGGUUUGAGGUGAUAUUGAUUUUAUUGUUGAGCCAUAAAUGAAAAUGAGAAUGUAAUUAGACAGUGAUCACUGACUUCAGUGCACUAUUGGAGAGCCAUUAUGUAAAAGGAAAAUGUGCAAUCAAUCUGAUAGCCUAUGUCAGAAGAAGAUACAUACCUAUUUUGCCUAAGAUCUUCUGCAAAUGUGUGUAGAUAAUGUGACCAAAUUGCAAGUAAAAUGAUGUAAAUAGUUUUUCAUUUUGUGAAGUGAAGUGCUCAUAUUAAAAAGAGUUUUAUGAGAUUGCUCUCAAACAAGUAAAGCUUUUAACUAAAUUUUAACUUUUUUAUUUUUUGAGUAUUUUCUUCCUCACAGAAUAGGUGAUAUCUCUAUAAGCAGGUUUGUCAAAAAAAUAAAUCAAUUACUGUUCUGGUUCUGUUUUGGUUUUCUGAAAACAUUAGAUAAAGAUAUUGUAGCUGAUAUGCUCAUUGUAAAAUGACUAUACCAACUUAGAGUGUUCUCUUCCUGUUUCUGAUUUAACAAUAAAAUGGACUAUAUAAUUACAGAAGCUAAUAAAUUUGAAGAAAAACAAGAAAAAUCUUACAUAGAUGAAAAUGCAGUUUUUGUUCAGUUAUGGGGAAAAAAGGGGAAGAUGGUGAUGUCUAUUUAAAAGCAUUUUUUUAAUUAGAGGUCUUCAAGAAAUGCAUUCUACAUGGGGUUUUUUUCUUUUUUAACCAGUUCAAGAUGCUCUUCCUGCAUUGAGACUGUAAUGAACAUCUACAUAUGUAUAACAUCCUGUAAAAGUCAAUAGAGCUCUGAACAAGAACAUUGCUAUACUUGCACUUCAUCUGAAUUAUUAGAGACUUAAUUUAUUUUCUAGUUAUUAUAAAAUUAAAGCAGGGACAGGACGGGAUGAAAACAGUUUGCACAGUAAAUGUCACAUCUUGAGCCUGCACUUUUAAAUGUCAAACUCUAUGGGUUAGGAGCAGUUUUAGAAGGUGCUAAGCUCUUUCAGUGUCUAGUUACAGAUUGUGUGCCUUAAUAUUAUGAUCUUGCCAGGAGCAAGUUCUAUUCUGUGUUGUACAAAAUGAAACAUUUAGCCUGUGGUAAACACCUGCAGGUAUUGCUUUUUAGGCAGUCCUUUUCUAUGUUUGCAGCUGGAAGUCUUCUCAUUGUAGCUGGAAGUCUUCUGAUUGAACCUGAAGUUGAUGGGAAGCAACAUGAAACUCAUGGUUGCUAACUGUAUUCUGAGCUGAUGUGAAAUUAGUCUUCCAGAGCCAAAUCUAUCACAGAUAAAUCUGAUUUAUCUACAGAAAAAUAACUGUGUUACAUCAAGGUUCAUCUGUGCCAUAAAUAUACAGUCAGUUUCGGUUCAUCAGAAAGCCCAAAACCUAGGCUGUUGGAAUUUUAGUUCUGACUUCUAGUCCUAAUUGAUGGAGACUGUGGAAAAAUGUCAUCACAAUUAGCAUUAUGCUUCAAAGAAGCCUAAAAGCCAGUAAGGUUCCAUUUGCAGGCCUGCCCUACCACUGUUUGCAUGGCAUUUGAGGAAUGAAAUCAUUUAUAUAACAUUACCCUUUUCUGUAGAGUCUCUUCCUACAACCAGGUUAUCAGAACCAAUGCUUGGGUAUUCUUAGCAUUUAUGUAUUUCUCUUUAGCACACUACAACCUGAAAAGAGGUGAGGGAACACUGAAAGCAUUCAACACAGUUUGGUGCUUUUUUUCUUGGUUUUAAUGCAAAAAAUAGUUAAGUGAAGAAUGAGUAUCACAUACACUAGGUCUGAGAGAUUUUGUAUAUUCAACUCUACAAUAUAUGUAACUCUGCUUACUCUGAUCCCAUUCUAUCUUGUUAGAAUUACAAUUGAUACAUAGUUUUACUUUAAAAAAAUUAAAAUACAUCCAUUUAGCUAAGUGACAGUUUAAAUAUGUUGGGAUUUGAGUGUAGUGCUGAUUCCUUAAAAUGGAGCUCAGUUUCAUGCAUUAUUGAUGCUCAGUCGAAAUCUGUGUGUACCAUAACGUCUUAAAAUGAGCUGAGUCAAGCAGAUACUCUGAAAGGUGAUGUGCAGCUAAAAAGCCUUCAGGGAGUUUACAUGUUGCAUGUAAAAGAGUUCAGGGUAAACACCUGCAAGGAAAUUAUCUGGCUCUAUUGUUAACCUAGUGAUGAUAAUUUCAAACUCAGAUGUAUUAGUAUAUUUUUCUCAGUUGUAUUUUCUUAAAGUGUUCUUUGCAUCCAUAUUAUCAGUCCAUUUUUUUUUACAAUGUUUAUUUUAGGUUACAUAGAAAGAAGCACCCAAUAUCCAGUGAAGUAUUCCAAAUAACAUUAUUCACAGGUUGACUUUACAGUUUUUCAAGGCCUUUAUUUUUUUAAAUAAACUGUAAUACAGUUUAACUGUUUACAUAGUUUUUAACUGUGGAGGAUGGAGGCAAAAUACAAGUAACCUUUUAUCUGAAUGCCUUUUUUGCUUUUGUUUGGCUCUAAUAAACAGUGAGUGAGUAUGGGUAUGUGUAGAGACCUAAGUCAGCAUAUUGCUUAAUUUAAAAGAAAAUGCUACUUGGGAAAGGAAAAGUUCACAUACAGGUUAACCGUGUAGACAAUUCUUUUUUUAAACAUGAGGAAAAGGAGGAACACUGCCUGUUUGAAAAAGGAGCAUCUCUCUGAAACGUCAUCUGCGUUCUUCCUGCCUAAACUUCGCUCCUCAUUGGUUUUGUGUGGUGUGGUACACAGCAGCCAUUGGAUAUUUACUCACAGAGCCCAGGACUAUGCCUUCCAUCCUCUGAACACACCCACCAGCUAUAGAGGACAACUCUGUUCUCUAGGAAUUCCUCCAGCAGCAGUUACUGAGGGGCACUUCUGAGUCUGUUGAUGCCACCAAAACAGCAAAAGCCUUCAAAGCAGAGCUGGGGAUCAUUCUGUACUGGGGGUCAAAGCUCUACUGAUGAAACUUUGUGCUGUCAAUGGUAGUCUUCACUCAAGUCAGUAGGAUUGAGAUUGAAGUGCAGUGUUGCAAAAUUUCCCCUUUGUCUCAGGUCCUUUUUUCUUUACCUUCUCUUCACGCUCUUACAUUGAUGCUACGAAGACUACUAGAAUGGUGCCCUGCACAGUUUCACAAGUAGGCAUGGUGAAAGAUGCUACAUGAGUCAGCCUUUUUUUCAUCUACUUUGUACAACACAGGAAUAUUUUUAUAAGGUUCCGUGGCUGGUUACUGUAUUCACUUUUUCCUGUUUUGAAGUUGAAGCAUGAGAGAGAGAUGAUUCAGAGUUGCCAGCAUGAAAAAUGGAAGUGAGUUCCAAAAAUUUUAACACUGGUCUGCUAAUCAAAUAAAAUAUGCUGAAAGGAACCGAUCCUUCACUCUUGCAGUACUUGAGCAUCCCUUCCAUUUGUAUGAUUUCCUAGUUUUCUGUUGCACGGAUGUUAUAAGUAAUGCCGAUUUCUUCUUGCUAUAUGCAUUGUUUGUUGUACAUAUCAAGGAAACUCCUGAAUGUCCUGUGCACAGCGUAAUAAUCUUGCAUUAAGGCUUGGCCUACCUAGGUUUGCACUUCUGUUAAUUGAAGGUUAAAAAUUAAUAUAGAGUGUUAUUUGCAAGACGGGGGAUCAUACAGCCAUAUUCAUGGCACAGUAUGCUCUUGCAAUGGCAUGUUCUUCACUGUGAAGUCAUUUUAUCCCUAUAUAGCUAACAGUCAGAGUGCUGCUGCCACAGGAUGACUAGCCCAUGGGGUUUUGAUACUAUGAACAAAAUUCUGAAAGUGGUGACAAUCACUAGCUAGCUUUUUUGGACUGUAAUGGGUGUAGGACUUCACCACAAUUUUGCCUUUUUCUGUUCACACCUACUCACUGUGACCAAGCUUUCUAAAUGGAGUAUUAAACAACUCGAUUUAAAGAUUAAUAGAUCUGCAUGUAUCCUGUAAUGACCUUCAGUCUUUUGAACUCCAGUAAACACUUAAAUCAAACCCACCACAGUUCUUAGCACUCCCUAAUUCCUUUUGCUGUCCGUUAUGAAAGCAGCUGUGGGACAGGUCAGUCUGAUAAUUUUUGAAACUAACCCCUGUGAUGUUCUUUAUUCAUUGCAACUUAUUUGUUCUCAGUAAGAAAAAGGCAGUAAAACUCUUGAGGUUUUCUAGUUGUUUCUGUUUCUGGAUGCUAUUAAACUUCCUGACUCAUCA